UCUUAUUUCCGUCGACUUUCUUCUUUUUCAAAAUCGCAACUUUUUAUUCUUUAUCUCCCCUUUCGAUCAUCGGAAAAGCUCUCAUUUUUUCAAGUCUCCCCAACUCAUAUACUUGAAUUUUCUAUUAUCUCUCUCAGAAACUUACAUCAAUUCUCUCUGUUUGGUUGAAUUCUCGAGAUCUGUUUUGUUUCUGAAUCCUUGUAAUAUUUGUUUCCAACCAGUAAAAAUGGGGUUUUGUGAAGGUUUAUGAGUCCUCUAUAUUCAAAAUGGCGAUCUUUUGGUCUUGAGUAAAAUUGUGUUUCUUCUCUGUUUUUGUUAAAGUUUUGAUUUUUAUUUUGGGGUUUGAAAUCGAGAAACUUUGAUGGAAGCGGGUAGCUCCAAUUCGUCGGGUCAGCUCUCCGGGCGGGUCGUUGAUACAAGAGGCAAACAUAGGAUUCAAGCUGAACUCAAAAGGCUUGAACAAGAAGCUCGAUUCUUAGAGGAAGAGCUGGAGCAGCUUGAAAAGAUGGACAAUGCAUCAGCGUCAUGCAAAGAGUUCUUAGACAGUGUUGAGAGCAAACCCGAUCCUCUUCUUCCCGAAACAACAGGUCCGGUGAAUGACACAUGGGAUCAAUGGUUCGAAGGCCCUAAAGAAGCUAAACGAUGUGGCUGCUCCAUUCUUUGAUCUUCAUUUCCCUCUCUUAAUUUUUUUUUUGGUCUCUACUUCUUCUAGAAGAGUGAGUUUGUGUGUGUUUACGGCAGUGAAAUUGAUGUAAUUGGCAAAAAAUGAUUCAUUUGUGCAGAUAAAAUCUAUUGAUAUUAACUGUGUCUUAAUUUAAAAAGAAUACAACAAGUUUGGGCUUAACUA